ACCACCGGCGAGAGGACGAGUCCCUUUAACUCAGCGCGUGUCAGCAUCUGGGAUGGGAAGGAGAAGACGGUGAGAAGCGGAGAGCGGCAGUGGCAGCCAUGACGUGGAGGAGUCCUCUGGCCUUGGUCAGAGACGCCUUGAGAGGCCAGAGGGCGAGGAGGUCGGACCUCCGCAGCCUGGAGUCCAAUCUGCCGUACGAAGGCCUCGGGAAAGCGCGCCAACCCAACCGCCACUUCCCCGGCAACGCCAUCAAGACCACCAAAUACACCCCCCUCUUCUUCAUCCCCAUGAACCUCUUUGAGCAGCUUCACCGUUGGGCCAACGUAUACUUUGUGGGCCUGGCUUUCCUGAACUUCGUCCCUGUGGUGAAUGCCUUCCAGCCUGCAGUAGCGCUGAUCCCCAUCUGCAUUAUCAUGUCUCUGACGGCCCUGAAGGACGCAUGGGAGGACUUCAGGAGGUACCAGUCGGACAGGAAGCUCAACAAUAUGCCCUGCUUUAUCUACGGCAGGAAGGAGAAGCAGUUCGUGGAGAGGCGCUGGAAGGAUGUGCGGGUGGGAGAUUUUGUGAAAGUGGUUUGCAACGAGACCAUUCCCGCAGACCUCCUUCUGCUGCACACGUCGGACCCCGACUGCGUGUGUCACAUAGAGACGGCCAACCUGGACGGGGAGACCAACCUGAAGCAGAGGAGGGCCGUGCCGCACGUCUGCAUCUCCGAUCCUGAACUGGACCCUGAAAGCUUCGGCAGCGUAGUGGUGUGUGAAAAGCCCAACAAUAAUCUGAAUCAUUUCAAGUGUUAUGUAGAGAAACCUAAUAAGGAGAGGGUGGGCGCUGGAAUCGAGAGUCUGCUGCUACGAGGCUGCACCGUGAGGAACACGGACCACGCCGUCGGCUUCGUGGUGUAUGCAGGUCACGAAACCAAGUCGAUGCUCAACAACAACGGGGCGCGGUACAAACGCAGCAAACUAGAGCGGAAGCUGAACACGGACGUCAUCUUCUGCGUCAUUCUCCUCGUCGCCAUGUGUCUCGUCGGAGCAGUGGGUCACUACCUGUGGCUGCUGUCGCUGCCCGCCGCGCCCCCCUACCUGAUCCCCCAGGGCGGCCCGGAGAGUCCGAGCCUGACCAGCUUCUACAUGUUCUUCACCAUGAUCAUCCUGCUGCAGAUCCUGAUUCCCAUCUCCCUCUACAUUUCCAUCGAGUUGGUGAAGAUCGGCCAGGUCUUCUUCAUCACCAACGACAUUGACCUGUAUGACGAGGAGACCGACAACCGCAUGCAGUGUAAGGCCCUGAACAUCACAGAGGACCUGGGCCAGAUUGAAUACAUCUUCUCAGACAAGACUGGCACCCUCACAGAGAACAAGAUGGUGUUUCGGCGAUGCUCCAUCGGGGGCAACGAGUACCCGCACCAAGAAAACGCCAUUCGCCUGGCCGUCUUUGACGAAGAAGAGUCAGAGGAGGAGGUGAUCUUCAACCAGCGGACCCCCCCCCCACCCGCCGGCUGGUCCCUGGACGCGGAGGAAACCAGCAGCGGCUACGCACAGCAUCAACGCUGCAGCAAACGCCAGGGCUCAGGGGCGGCCUUCAGCAGUCCACUGGAAACUGAGGUGAUUCCAGACAGGAAGCUGCUUCAGCAGAUUAGCGGGGCGCCGAGCGGCGGAGGCCCGUACCUGGACUUCUUUCUAGCGCUUGCCAUUUGCAACACGGUGAUGGUUUCCAUGGCAACAACUCAGAGACAGAGGGUGAGAAGAUUGUCCCAAGCCUGCCCAACUAAAAGUCCACUGGAUUCACUGUCCAACCUGCUAAAAGGUGCCGGCUCCAUUAAAAACGUGUUCACCUCCUGCCGACACAAACCAAAGCGUCGCACCCACCCCGACAACGCAGUCAUAGAGGAGGUCCAGUUUAGUCCGCACGCAAACACGGAGGAGAUUGGAAACACCAAAGGGGUCCGGGCACGUUCCCCCCGCCGCGGACCGCCCACAGCGAACCUGGAUAAUCUGUGCUACGAGGCGGAGAGUCCAGACGAGGCCGCCUUGGUGUACGCAGCCAAAGCAUAUGGCUUCGUUCUGCUGGCCCGGACCCCUGACAGGGUGACGGUCAGGCUCCCGUCUGGGGAGGACCUGGCUUUUGAGGUGCUGGACACCUUGGCCUUCGACUACAGCAGGAAGAGAAUGUCUGUUUUGGUGCGACACCCAAUCACCAAAGAGCGUGUGCUUUACACUAAAGGCGCAGACUAUGCAAUCAUGGAGCUGCUCGGAACACCGUACGCAGAGCACCUCAGUGGUAACCAGAAGGCCAUAGCCACUGAUACUCAGCAUCACCUCAACUCCUAUGCUAAAGAUGGGCUGCGUACUCUGUGCAUUGCAAAAAAGGUUGUGAGUGACAGCGUGUACGCGAGCUGGUCAGCGAACAGACAGAGAGCUCUGGCUGCUAUAGACGACAGGGACAAGCUAAUAAUGGACACUGCCAUGCAGCUGGAGACAAACCUGACUCUUUUAGGGGCGACUGGCAUCGAGGACCGUCUGCAGGACAGUGUCCCAGACACAGUGGUGGCACUGCGGGAGGCAGGGAUCCAGGUGUGGGUGCUGACUGGUGACAAGCCUGAGACAGCUGUCAACAUCGGCUAUGCCUGUAGGCUGCUGGAGGAGGAGGACCUGGUCAUUAACAUGAGCUGCAGAAACAAGGUCACGUGUACGUCCAUCCUGGACUGCACCCUGGAGGAGGUGAGGAGGUACAGCAGCGACCCCCGGAACGUGGACACCACCCAGGCCAUCUCCCUGGUGAUCGACGGACACACCCUCACCACGGCUCUGUCUCCGGACCUGCAGGACCGCUUCGUGGACCUGGCAAGGCGCUGCCGCUCCGUGCUCUGUUGCAGAGUCACGCCUCUGGAGAAGAGCAGGGUGGUGAAGGUGGUCAAAGAGAAACUCGGUGUCACGACCCUCGCUGUCGGCGAUGGAGCCAAUGAUGUCAACAUGAUCCAAGCAGCUGAUGUGGGCAUUGGGAUAUCCGGUCAGGAGGGCAUGCAGGCGGUCAUGGCUAGUGAUUUCGCUAUAUCCCGCUUCAAACACCUGAAGAAGCUCCUCCUGGUCCACGGACACUGGUGCUACACCCGACUGGCCAACACCAUCAUUUACUUCUUCUACAAGAACGUGGCGUACGUGAACCUGCUGUUCUGGUACCAGUUCUACUGCGGCUUCUCCGGCACAGCCAUGAUUGACUACUGGCUGAUGAUUUUCUUCAACCUGUUCUUCACGUCGACGCCGCCCAUCAUGUUUGGGAUAAUGGACAAGGACCUUUCUGCAGAGAUGCUGCUGGGUGUUCCUGAACUGUACAAAACAGGCCAGGGUGAAGGGGUCUACAACUUUACCACCUUCUGGGUUUCCGUGCUGGAUGCCUUCUAUCAGAGUCUGGUCUGCUUCUUUGUUCCGUACUUGACAUACCAGGAUUCAGACAUUGACAUUUUUACCUUCGGAACCCCUUUGAACACAGUUUCUUUAUUUACCAUCCUGCUGCAUCUGUCAAUAGAGAUUAAAUCUUGGACGCUGGUUCACUGGCUGAUCAUGGUGGGCAGCGUAGCCCUGUAUUUCAUCGUGACACUUAUCUACAGCGCCACCUGCGUCACCUGCAACCCUCCAUCCAACCCGUACUGGAUCUUCCAGAGCCAGAUGGCAGACCCCAUGUUCUACCUCGUCUGCAUCAUCACCACCGUAAUAGCGCUUCUGCCCAGGUACGUGUUUCACGUGCUGAAGAACUCUAUCACAUCCUCGGCGCUGAUGCAAGCCAAGCAUCUGGACCGGCUGGAUCCCUCCUCAAGGGACCAGUGGAUCAAGGAGUGGAGGAGUCUCAGGGGUGGAGGGCAGGUCGGCCGCCCCAGGCUACCCACCCCACCCUCUCCCACCCUGGAGACUCCUGUGGACGUUUAUCCCCCAUCUCCCACCACCUCUGAUGUCAUGGGGGAUGAUUUCACACUGAAUGUAUUCAGUAAAAAAAGGCCUUCGCACACAUGAGAAACAACAAUCUGUUGAGGUUGGAGUGGAUGAAAACAAUGAUUGCAAAUUAUCUGGAUUUUGCACAUAAUUUAUUUCACCAGGACUCUGUUUUAUUUGUGAUAUUUCUUCCAUUGGCCACAUAGGAGCAAUCCUGCUUCUCCUCAUAAUAAACUGCCAUAUGAAUGUCUGUUACAUUGCUGAUGGACUUUCAAAGUACAGUUGUAACCUCAUUAGUCAAGUCACCCACUCCUUCAAUAAGUCAAUAAGUAAUACUUCUCCAGAACAUGAUGUUGGUUUAAUAUAUUCAAUGCACAUACUGUAGAUACAUUAACAGUCACAACACAAACUGACUCUGAGGCAGGUUUUCAAUUUACUGUAAUUUCUCCAUGUUAGAAUAUGAAGGUUUCCCAUGGGCUGGGCCUGUGACUAGUAGUGAGUGUUUUUGUAUGUCUGUGGCAAAAUACAUGCAUUUGUGUUUGUGUAUAUACAUACAAAAAUGUCAGAAUAAUAUAAAAAGGCUCCUCGCCUAAGAAGAAGAAUGUUUCCGUGGAAAUGAAGUGUGCACGAGCUGAAUCCACUGGUAAAAAGGGCUGAGUUAUCACUGGCACACUUCAUGAUACAGUAGCAAGCGUUGCUUAUAUAACGCCUCCACUUAGAUCACUGCCGCUCUCUAGUGUGGAAGAAGAAAAACUGCAGAAAGGUCAAACUGGACAAAGUCAGCAAAACAGCUCAUUCCAGUCUUCACUGUAUUGGAGCUGCAAGAAAAUGGAACAUUUCAGCCAAAUGGACAUGUUGUAUUGACGGUUAAACACAAUUAAGCAGAUUUCCUCCAUAUUUAAGAAUGUCUAUCACGGCAGCACAUAAACAAAAAACGAAGUAACGUAUGGGAAACAUUUUAUAUACGUGACUGACUGGAUGAUUCACUUUAUGCGUCUAUGUUUAAUGCAGUAGAACAGUCCCGCAAAAAUAAAUUGUAAAAAUAUCACGGCAACAAAUAAAUGUACUGCAUAAUCAUAAUAAUAAAGUUUGUGCAUUUGGUACAAGGGCCAAAUAUUUUAGGCAGUGCUUGUAAAUAAACACCAACAACUACAGUACUGUAUGACACAGUCUGAAAUAUACAGUAAUCUAAUUGUUUAACUGUUAAACCUAUGAGAUGUAAUAUCAGAACAGAUACGGAGAACAUAAAAAUGUAUUUUAAAAGCUA